AUGUUGCUCAUUAUUAAUUAUUCGAUUAUUAGUGCUUGGGUCUAUGCAUAUUUUCUUCAUAGUACUUGUUCAAAUCAAAAUGAAAUUCUUUAUUUACCUGUAAUGAAUACUAAUCCAUCAACAUUUCGUUUACGUACUGAAAUUUGUUGGUUUCUGAAAGAGAACUAUUCAAAUUUUAUAUUUAUCGAUGAUAUUAAUUUGAAUAAAUUAUAUGAUCAAGAAAAACUUGAAUUAUAUCUUAUUGAUCAUUAUUAUUUACGUUCACAAUUAAAUAAAGUUGUAAUAGAAAUAAUUGAUCAUCAUCAAAUAAAAAAAGAUUCAAUUAUUUUAUAA